CCACUAUCCACAAAAUUCCAUUCCAUGAUUUCAGGUAGUUUUCUCCAACAUCUACACUUGGAGCUACGCUCAACGUUCCUCACGUUCUUUUCAGUAUGGCUACCCACGCCCACUCGUGACAAAUCCAGAACCACCCAGGCCAACCACAAUUAGUUGCAGCAUCCCCCCCCCAAAAUGGGGAACCUCACAGUGACGGAACUCCACGACGCCUUGCCCGAGGGCAACUACUUGGACUGGCUCGUGGUGGACGAUGUACUCCACCAGAUCCUCGUCGACGCAAACCACCUCACAAAGCCGAUCAGACACCUACGCAUUCGCAUGCGCCUCGAGGACCAACUCACGGACCGCCUCCCACAACUCCCGCCGUUCAUCCGCUCGGCCUACGCCGCCGACAAAGCCAACUGCAUGCUCUACCUCUUCCGGGACAUGAUGAAACUGAAAGGCGACCUCCAGGCGCGCUGCCGCCAGCGCCGCCUGGCCCUGCCCGCCCACGCCGCCGCGAAGGAGCUCGGGACCUUCACCGAGCCGCCCGCGAACGUGAUCAGCAAACAUUCUGUGGAGACCAACGCGCGGCGCGCCGGGAAGCCGGAAACCCGCCACCAGUCCAACUGGCGGUAUUAUUAUACGGACGAUGGGGACGGGGGCAGGGUGGUUUGUCGGCUGCUGCAGGGCAUGGAUGUGCUUCAGCCGCUGUGGCCGGAGGCGGAGAGCAUGAAUGUGGCGGUGAGGGGGCUGAGGGAGGAGAUUGGCGCGGUGGUGGAGGGGGAGGAGGCGUGGCUGCGCGCCUUGUUUGCGUUGAUGCAUUCGGAUACGGGCGCGGUUUGGUUUGUUGUGGCUGCGAGAAAAGCCCUGAUGGUGUUAUUCACCCUGGGGACCGGAGACCCGGCUCCGAACUGCGGUGCAUGCAUGGGACGUCUCUUGGAGAUGAAGCAGCUCGUGACCAGGAGUCCUCGCCUGGAAGUCCAACAUCAUCUCCUGCACACGAUCUACAUCCUGAAGAUGACCCACAUCCUGAAGACGAUCUACACUCCGAACCAGGAAUCCCACCAGCGGCGCCAACGCGCGAAACCCUACACCUACACGCCCGCGAAUCGCAACCCCCCUACCAAUAACACAACUCGUCCCCGUAUAGUCGUCCCGCGGGUGAUAAAUCCACUUCGACCACCACCACCACCACCACCACCACAACCGACGAUAACCCCUGCCGUGAGCGACCGUGACCGUGACUCGCUGCCCGCUAGACCGUCUACCCUUCCCUGCCUUCUGAACACGCCCGCGCAGCCGGACUGCGCGGAGACGGCUCGGAGAUCGAGGAGGCAUCUUGCUAUCUCUCCUCUCCUAAACUGAAUUCGUAGUAAAUCUUGAGAUACCCUGUCUAGCGUUCCACUUGCUCUGCUGUGUACGUACGCAAAGCGCACGCAUUGCGGGCUUGAUGCAUCCAUGAAAUAUUCCUAAAUAGGCCAGCAGUCACGCC